GGAGCCAGGCGGCAGGUGCGGCGGCGGCCAGCGCGCAGCACCCACAGCCAAGACCCGGCUCUCAUGGCCAGCCCCGGGGAGGCCCCGGAGGAGGAGGCGGAGGAGGGGGAGCCAGAGGCAGGCUCCGCGGGGCCCUGGGCCGCCAUGCUGGCGCAGGCCCAGGAGCUGUUCCUGCUGUGUGACAAGGAGGCCAAGGGCUUCAUCACCCGCCAUGACCUGCAGGGCCUGCACCGCGACCUGCUCCUCACGCCCCAGCAGCUCGAGGCUGUGUUUGAAAGCCUGGACCAGGCCGGCACGGGCUUCCUCACCGCCCGGGAGUUCUGCCUCGGCCUGAGGAGGUUUGUGGGGGCAGAGGCGGCCCAGGGCACACAGCCCUCUGGGGCUGCGGAGGAAACCUUUGAGUCGGGCUGGUCUGAGGGGCCAGGCCCCGGGGGCUCCCUGGAGGAGGAGGAGGAGGAAGAGGAGAGGUUCCUCUCGGCGCUGGAGCAGCUCGGGGUGGCCCGGGUCCUGAGCGAGCAGCGGGCGGUGCGGCUGCUCUGGACCCGGCUGCAGCGCGAGCGCCCCGAGCUGCUGGGGCACUUGGAGGAGGUUCUGAUGCGCGCGUCCGCCUGCCUGGAGGAGGCGGCCCGGGAGCGAGCCGGCCUGGAGCUGGCGCUGCGGCGGCGGGAGAGCGAGCACGAGAGGGAGGUGCGGUGUCUGUACGAGGAGACCGAGCAGCAGCUCCGGCAGCAGCGCCAGCGCCUGAGGAGCCAGGACCUUCCCCGGGAGGAGCGGAGAGGCCGCCUGGAGCUGGAGCUGCAGAGCCGCGAGCAGGAGCUGGAGCGCGCGGGCCUGCGGCGGCGGGAGCUGGAGCAGCAGCUGCGGACCCGGGCCGCGGAGCAGCUGGAGGCGCAGGCGCAGAACGCGCAGCUGUGGCUGGCCAACGAGGCGCUGCGGGCGCAGCUGGAGGCGGCGCAGGAGCAGCUCGGCCGGCUGGAGGGCGAAGUGCUGGGCCGCCAGGAGCAGACCUUACGGGACGUGGUCGCUGUCUCGAGGAACAUGCAGAAGGAGAAGCUCAGCCUCGUGCGGCAGCUGGCGCUCCUCAGGGAGCUGAACACGCGGCUGCGAGACGAGAGGGACGCCUGCGAGGCCAAGCAGCUGGGCAGCGGCCCCAGGACGGCUCUGGCCUCUGCCUGCCUGCCGAGACCCACCUGCUGCUGCUGCUGCUGCUGCUGCAGCAACUGGGCUCGGCCCCCCGGGUGUGGCUCAGGCCCCCUUCCCAGUGCCCGGUGAGUGGCCAGCCCAGUGACUCACCGGGCGUUCCUGAAGAACUGCCCUUCGAAAGUGACUCACCGUGGCCGGGGCUGCGCGGCCAGGACGUGGGCUCUACCCAGUAUGCGGCCCGGCCGGCCGGCCUGCAGGCAUGAAGGAACUAAUGGGGAG